UAGGGCUUGUAACAGCUGACUAGCUCAAUCGGUGUUACUUCUCAAGGUCGGCUUUCCCACUGCUGCUUUAGGAGGACUCACAACCGAUUACUUCCCGCAAACCAGACAACAAGGCAGAUCGACAAACAGGAAAGACUUUAAGGCUCAGUAUAAAAAGAAAGUUGACUAACAUACAUUCAUUUUACUUAUUUAUUUAAAGAAUUUAACAUGUAGGAAAUGGGGAAAAGGGUAUCGAUGCGGCCGUACUGGAACCGAUGGGGCACGGGCGACAGGAACAUGUAGAGUGAGCGAGGGAACAAUCAUACCUGGUGUGUUGGGAUGGUUCGAUGAUCUUCGUCGGGGAAUAGAGCCGUUGGCUAUACGGGACCACGCCGGGUUUUAUGGGUUCGGUGGGUUGCUUCCGCCACAGUAGCCGAUGUUGUUGACUCUAUCCCUGGUGCUCAUGUGCGGAGGAGGAAUUCAUCGGUCCAAGUGUCGAUGAGCGGGGCCAGGCUCAACCAGACCUCACCGGACUCAAGCCUCAAAAAUGUUCGUUCCCACCAAUCAACGCACACGUGUGACUCGGCAAUAUCGUAAAGGGGCUCACCGGCCACCAGCACCACUCGAGGCAGAUGAAUGGAGACGUCGCUGCGUGGAGAUCCGUCACGUGGUUACGUGAGUCGCUGAUGACGUGAUAAGUAUCGGAUGGUUCUACUUGAUGUUGGACGAGCCGUGUGAAUUCCGGACGAAGAGGACUGUUUCCGUACGGGUAUAACGUGUAGCGUCUACCGACCGGAUGGUGCCUUAGUCCGGGCUGACAGUGACGGAGAGUGAAUAUUCCGGGCGAUCCGGACUGGUUCCGAACGGACGGAGCGUAUAUUGAACGGAUGCUGCUUGGAUCCGGACUACAGUUGAUGGAAAGUUCCGGAUGAACGGUGUAUAUAUUCCGGACCGACUGUGCUCACUUCGGACGGGCUGCUUUUGUCGUCGACCCACCGUACUGGGAUCCGUGUCUUCCGGGCACUUCGCACUUGCUUUCGGUUGGUGGUUGUCACUCCAAAGAACGUCUAUAUCUGACAACUGUCUUCUCCCAACUCCUUUCGCCUCUUUUUUCUAACUCCUCUUUAACCUCUUCUCGCUCUCUCUUUUCCUCGUGCUCUCUCUCAACCGGAUGUAGUUUGCGUGUCAAAAUUCUUCGCCGUAUUCUGUCAAGUUUGUCACAGUGCCUCAUCGACGGGAUGCUAAACGUGUGGUUUAGGGUAAGGUGUCUUAGGUGGCCUAAUUUAAUACUAACAUUGAAUCAUACUAAAUUUUAAUUUGAAAAGGAGAAGAUUUAUAAUUUAUAGUAUUUUUUAUGAGCCUUAAUACACUAAUGAGACGACAAAAACUAGGCAUUUAUAUGAAUCUAACUAUAAGUUACAAGUAUUUCUUAUUUGUCCGCUCCACAGGGUUGGCCUGUGAGUGGUAACGAGAAUUUAGCCAAUGCCGAACGUCAAAUCGCAGAAGAAAAUUUUUGAACUCUUUCGACAGAAAGCAAGUUGCAUUAUCUGUAAUAACUACUUCAGGGAUGGAAUUGCGGAAAAACCAUUGAUCUCUGAGUAUACCGCAGAGGGAGACGCUAUCGAUUCUCCGAAAGGGGACUAGCAUAAUCCACUUGCUAAACAAGUCGACUACUGAUAGUAUAUAUUGAUUUUGCUUUUUACUUCUCGGUAGGGGACCUAUGAAGUCUAAUGCAAUAGACCUUUCUUGUCAGACCUAACCCCCAUUUUUCUUAUUUUUUAUCUAAAGAGUUUCCAUUUUUAAGAACAAUUUUGAGAAAAUGAUAUUUUUAAAACCAUUUUUUGAUUUUUAUAUUUUUUUAAAAAUUGAAAAAUGCAAGAAUGUUGAAUAUCUUUCUCACCAAAGCAAGAAUGGUGGGACACCAAAUAUCCGUUUCGGCAGCACUGCAACAUAAUUUACUAAGUAUAUUAUCAGCAACACUGAAAAUGAGGUGGUGAAAUGCGGUACAAUAUUCACAAUUUCACUAGAAUCUCAAACUGUCAAUUUUUAUUUUUUUGGCUUUUUCUGCGAAUUUAACAAAUUUAAUCCUCUUAGAAAGAACUGACAAAACAAAUUUGUGUAGUUUUCCUUAAACAAUAGGACUUAACAUGUUUACAUAGCCAAAUAUCUGAACCUACUCAUGGCUAUAAUUGCAUACACCACGCGCAUCCAACAAUAAUCGUUUCGGCCGCUGUACGCAGAUCGAGGGUUAAUCCGAAAUUAUUUUAACCAUGAAUUUUUUUAUGUAUAAUGGAUUGCUUGCCAAACAUGACCAUUUUUGGAAUUGUUUCGUAAAAAUUGAGAUCGCAUAUUCGUCUCCAAUUCGUGCGCAAUUCUUUUGAACGAAGUACGCAACCCUUGUAACAGCGGAAGAACCAGUGUACAGUCCACAUGAAUAUCGCUAGACCUAUUCGAUAAUAUGCUGGGUGCAUGGUUCGUCGGAUGUUCUCAGCGGGGUUGGAAUUGAUCAAUGCAUCGGAUGAACUGUUGCACUUCCUCCAGAUUCUUAUAGUUCGGUUUUGAAACCUGUGCACGGAACUGCCGGUGAACAUCAAUCGUAAAUCCAAAAGAAUAUCUAAGAAUAACAACGCUAAACAAGGAAGGUAACUACAAUAGAUACCAAUACGAAAAUUGUUGGUUUGGCAUCCAUCGGAAAACUUGACUGAGUGUUUUCCUGUAGGGGGAUCUGACAUCAAUGCUAUAAGAGAAUGUCCUAGUAUCCUGGGAAUCCUAAGAAAAUGACUGAUUUGUCCUAGUCUAUUUUUAAAUGUACUUUCGAUUAAUUUGCUCUGGUAUGGUUGAUCGCCACUGUUGACGUUUCACACUAGCACUGAUCUCAAAACAGCAUAGCUGUAUGAUUGACAGAUGAGACGAAUGAGCGUGUCGUUCUCACUGUUAAAUACAUAUGUGUAGAAACUUAACGAAAGAAGUGAGAGACAUUGAAGAGAGGAGAGACUAAAACUACAGAUGGACACGGUAAAAUCGGGUACGGACUAAAAAUCACGGAGGAACGCUAUUUGGCAAGGGUCACAACAUUGGUGCCGUGACCAGGAUAGUGUUCCAAGGAACCGACGCGGCGUCGGUAACACCAUUUUGAGUCCGAGGACAAAGCAGAUACCGCCAUCGCGCGCAGUCGCCAUCAUUCUACUUGCGUACAGCCAUUGCGACUCAGCAGUUCUGGAUUCGUUUGACGUCGCCAUUGGAGUUUUUCGGAUUAGACCAGGGAAGCUAAAAUAUACAAGGCCUAUUGGAUAGGCUCACAAGGCGAGUAUCUGUCCAAUAACUCCAUCUAAGCUUUCAUCGCUACCUGGUCGUUUUUUUCUACGUUUAUUUCUUGGGUAAAUACUUCACUACGCACGGUGUUCACACGGUGGACGAAACACCUUGAACGGAGGGGACUUCCAUUCUCUUUCUCGGAUAGUAUUUUUGGCAUCGGAGGAAGUUUCCUGGAUCAACAACAGGACGAUCGCUUGGUACGAGGAUCGCUGUGCAUGGCUUGGGAGGUUACGGAGAACGUCGCUGGUAAACUCUGACAGGGUUGUUCAUCAGCAACGGGUUGGUAAUUCGCCGGCGGCCAUUUUGGAAGACGGAGUCUACAUUCAUCGUCAGAAGUGCUGAAAUACGGUAGCGAAGCGCUACCACCUGUGGUUCUUCUACACAACGGGAAGAAGGAACGAGUCGCAGUUAUAAAGUCGAGUACAAGGCCUGUAGUGACAGGCUCCCAGGUGAGUACCUGUCCUACUCGACAUAUUGGUUUCGUUUUGUGCUGCGCUUGUGCAUAUUUACAGUUUUGCAAACAAUACUGUCGGCAUCAUUCGGAUCAUCGGGUCAUCAUACGGCUGUCUUGGUUACUGAUGUCAUUAUUGAGGAUCUGGAGAAAAUUGGUAGCAGCUUUACGAGUUUUUUGGAGAGUUCCUGAGAGACAAAAGAUACAAGGCCUAUUUGACAGGCUCACCAGGAGACGAUUGCUGAUCCAAAACUCUCCAGCUCAACGGAUCUGACUAUGGGUAAGAAGCUGAAACCCAAGAUCCACGUUCGGGAUAGCAUCGUAGAUUUUCUACUGCGGACGGAGAAAUUUCUCAACAGUAGCCAAGCAACCGACGAACUCCAAAUACAGUUUCGUCUGGAGAAACUCGAGGCGAAGUGGGACGAGUUUGAGGAGGUUCAAUGCGAUAUCGAGGGAUCGGAGGAGCAUGAAGAGAACACGGAGGCACAUCGGCAAGUUCGGGCGGAAUUCGAGGAGAAAUACUUCGAGGUAAGGGCAGGGUUGGUUGGCAAGUUACCACGGCGGACUCCAGCGCCGACACAAAACGGAUCUAGUUCCGAACCGGCUGGUGUACACACUUAUGUGCGACUACCACAAAUAAAUCUACCGGAAUUUGAUGGUAGUUUUGAAAAAUGGUUGCCUUUUCAUAACACAUUUCGAGCCUUGAUCGACUCUUCACCGGAACUCAGUGGUAUUCAAAAAUUCCACUAUCUGCGGGCGUCUCUUAGGGGUGAUGCGUUAAAGUUGGUUGAUUCGUACCCAAUGAGCGAGGCGAAUUACAGGGUUGCUUGGAACGGUUUGGUUGCACGGUUCUCUAAUGGAUAUCUUCUCAAGAAGCGGCAUUUGAACGCGAUGUUCGAGUUCCCGAAAAUCCGGAAAGAGUCAGCAGCGGGUAUUCAUGACGUCAUCGAUUGUUUCGAACGUAACACCAAAAUCUUGGAUCAACUGGGUGAGAAGACUAGUGGCUGGGGAGCAAUGCUUACUCAUCUAUUGGUAUCUAAGCUCGACGACGUCACACAAAAACAUUGGGAGGAAAGCGUGUCUAAUGAGGUCGAACCUUCGUUUGCAAUACUGGUGGAUUUUCUCAAAAAACAAACACGGGUUUUAGAUGCAGUUUCGGUGGACCAACGGAUGACUACGUCAAGCAGUCAAGCUGCAUCAACUGGGUUCAAAUCUCGUCCUGCAAAGGUUUCGGUCAACUCGGCGACCGGAAACAAAGGUCCAAGAUGCGCAUCCUGUGGUGAUCAGCAUUCUAUCGCUCAAUGUACGGCAUUCAGCAAACUUCCGGUGGACCAACGGCUACAGCUAACAAAUUCGAAGCGUCUUUGCAGCAAUUGUUUGGGACGAAAUCAUAUGGCGAGAGACUGUCCUUCCAAAUUUCGGUGCAGAACUUGCUCUAAAAACUAGGAGUGGGUAAUGUCCGGGACGUAACCGCGGUGUUGACGUAGGACUAAACUUGGGCAUAUCAUAUGACAUUCAUGGAUAAUUUGAGCCAAUGCACUUUUUGAAUGAAUGUUUACUGGAAAUUUCAUGUCGAAUGAGAUUGCCACAUUCACUGAUUUUCUAGGACUUGCAAAAACCUUCGGGUUUGUAGAUUAAUUUGAUAAACAUUUGCUUAUAUGAAUCACUGGUAAAUGUACACAAGAAUUGACAGGCGCAAACUUAUUAAAUGGAACUUUCUAAUUCAAUUCUUUCUCCAUUAUGUUUUCAUCCUAAAAAGAACGGUUUGUAGAUAACUAUGUUUGGUGAUACCAGACGAGAAUCCUUGCUAACGAUUCGAACCUUGCCCGAAUUCGCUUCUGCUGCGUACAUACACGAACAUUCCCCUUUCGCAGCUCACAUCGAAUGAGCAUUGUAUAUCGGAAUGCGAUCUCUUUUAUAAAUUUCUUAGUGCAGAUGGUAGUCCAUCCCUUUGUGCGACAAAUGAAAAUAUUUUCAUCAUUCGUUUUGGCGUGGCAUUCGCUUAGUAGCAGGGUUGCCACAACCACUAAUGUUCUAGAAAGAUUUGCAUUGUAGAUUCUUUCUAAAUAAAUUCUUUCUCCAUUAUAUUUUCAUCCUAAUAAGAACGGUUUGCAGAUAACUAUUUUUGGUGAUACCAGACGAUUACAUACACCAGAUGCGUACAUACACGAACAUUCCCCUUUCGCAGCUCACAUCGAAUGAGCAUUGUAUAUCGGAAUGCGAUCUCUUUUAUAAACUUCUUAGUGCAGAUGGUAGUCCAUCCCUUUGUGCGACAAAUGAAAAUAUUUUCAUCAUUCUUUUUGGCGUGGCAUUCGCUUAGUAGCAGGGUUUCCACAUUCACUAAUGUUCUAGAAAGAUUUGCAAAAACCUACGGGUUUGUAGAUUAAUUCGAUAAACAUUGGUUUAUGUGUCACUGCUAAAGUACAGCAGACUUGACAGGCGCACACUCAAUGCAAGUUAUUAAAUGGAACUUUCUAAUUCAAUUCUUUCUCCAUUAUGUUUUCAUCCUAAAAAGAACGGUUUGUAGAUAACUAUGUUUGGUGAUACCAGACGAGAAUCCUUGCUAACGAUUCGAACC